AUGGCCGAGAUUCCUAUGCACCCGCGUUUAGACGCCGGGGCCAAGCGCCAGGAUAGCGCUUUGGGUAAAUAUACGCGAUCAACGUGGUAUCCGCCAGCGUCAAGCAUAUCCAAGAUGAAGCGCCGAAAAGCCAAAGAAAAUCAGAAUCCAACUCCUUCGAAUUUAUCUAGAGCAAAUACGCCUACUAAAGACCCAGAUAUUGCUUAUCAGCGAACACGGGACACCCUCAUCGAGGCCGUCAAGCUUGUCAAGGCCGGGACCGAGGCUACUUCACUUCUGGGACCCCUCAAAGCUGUUUGCGAAAUUUCCCUUCUAUUCCUUGAGACAACCAGGACCAUAAAUGAGAACACCAAAGGACUCAAAAUACUCAGGGAUAGUCUUGAAGCACAUAUAUCCAUCUUGGAUGAAGGAUAUCUCCAAGCUGUUGAGGAUGGACGUAUGGACAAGAUGCCCGAAGCGCUGAAGGAUUUCAACAAUGCAUCGAGAGAUUACAUCAUCGCUCUGAAAGGCAUACUCGCCAAAAUGGACGAGUUGAAGCAUGGCAGAGAUCAAGGCGUCAAAGGAUUUUUCAGAAAGUUCACGGACGCAAAGAUCGACAUGGGAAAUAUUGCAGACUACAAACAGGAAAUCGCAGAGGCUACGCGCGUAUUUGAGGAUACAACCAAGUGCUGUCAAAUUCAGCUGCAAGCAGAAGUGUGGAAAGUAGCCCAACUCGGGCCCGAAAAGCCUCGUCCGAUGGGGACUCAGCACAAGACGUGUCUGCUGGGCACACGCGUACGGAUUCUGGAGGAAAUUCGGCAAUGGCGUCUGGACCCCAACGCAGACAAGCGCAUCUUUUGGCUUUGCGACGUUGGCGGUUCUGGAAAGUCCACAGUCACGUUGACAAUGUGUGAGGAAUGGGAUAAGGCCGAAGGCGUUCUGGUUGGUCGGUUCUUCUUUUCGAAGAACUCUCGACAGACGUCAGAGACAGAUGACUUUUGUCCUGUCAUCUCAGACGAUAUCAGUGGCCAAAACAAGAUGAUCCUGAAGCAAAUAAAGACGAUCAAGGAAGAAGAUCCCAAUCUUCUCCGGCGAGGGCUACGCCAUCAGUUCUCCAAGCUGAUUGAAGAACCAUUGCAACUUGCAGGGACAGAUAUUGUCCUCGUGAUCGAUGCAAUGGAUGAGUGCAAGGAGGAGAUGCGUGGAGAAUUGAUCAAACUACUGGUUGAGAAACUUUCAUCAAUGCCUAAACUCAAACUCUUUAUAACGAGCCGGCCAGAGCCAGACAUCACGGCGAUACUCCAGGGUAGAGCGAUCGUACGCGGAAUGCAUUUCAAGAUGCACGGCAAAGAGCAGCAGUCCAACUUGGACGAUAUUAGGGCCUACGUCGACGUACAUCUCGGUAAACUGCUUACCGCGCCUCAGCGCCAGCAGAUUGUGGAACGCUCGAACGGACUUUUUAUUUGGAUCACGACAGCACAUCUCGAGCUACGUGGGGCUCAUGGCCCGGACGCACUUGGUGCAACUCUCAGAUCCCUCUUGACGCGAGGCGAGGGCGGGGAUAUUAACCAGGUUUAUACAAGCAUCCUUCGUCGGCUACGACGAGAGACGUCCAGUGGCACUAUACACAAGAUUAUGGGCACUCUUCUAACCUUGUUCGAACCAGUGUCGACGGAGGCUCUUGGGGAGAUGACUGGGAUCGCAGACUCUGAGCUAGAGCCGAUCUUAGAGUCAAUGCAGAGUGUAUUUCGGGUGGAUACGGUGGUAGAGUUUCUGCAUCCAACGUUCCAAGAAUACCUUCUUGGUCCACACAAUGUGGAUAUGCCAUUCAAGUCGACAGCAAUGCAAUCAGACUUGGCCGUAUCUAUCCUCAAAGUGCUUCAGGAGGAUCUGAAGGAGGACAUUUGCGGCGUUUCCCUGCCAAAUAAACCUUAUCCAAAGAAUGCGGACAUCGUGGAUCUGGAUAAACGUCUAGAACAAUUAUGGGCUAGGUCUCCGGCACUACCUUAUGCGGCAAAGUACUGGGGCUAUCAUGUGAGCACCGUUGUAACGGAUGGACAUGUUGCCCAGAUGCUGCGGAGGUUUUUAGCAAGUCAAAUUUUGUACCUCGUGGAGCUGUUAAGCUUGAUGGAUCAUGUACAUCUUAUUCGAAAUUUCGAGGAGAUUCGGCGAAGUUGUGAAUACCAAGGGUUGGGUGAUGAGUUUGAGGUAUGCCAUGAUACAGUUAGACUUGUCCAGAGGCAUCAAGAAACACUAGAGAAGAGUGCGCUGGAUAUCUACACUUCAGGGCUACUAUUCCUCCCUCGAAAGUCACAACUGUGGACAAUAUACAAGAGCAAGUUUUCAGAUCGACUACCAAAAAUCAUUGGAGGACCAUCAGUGGAUUGGCCCUCACACCAGACUUUGACUGGACAUACCGAUUCUGUCCAGUGUCUGGCCUUCUCGCCAGAUGGGCGCCGUCUUGCGUCUGGAUCUCGGGAUGGCACUGUACGCCUGUGGGAUGGGACCACCGGUGCAAGCCUUGGGACGCUUGAGGGACAUACCGGGGGAUGGGCGCCGUCUUGCGUCUGGAUCUGGGAUGGCACUGUAUGCCUGUGGGAUGGGACCACCGGUGCAAGCCUUGGGACGCUUGAGGGACAUACCGAUUCUGUCCAAUGUCUGGCCUUCUCGCCAGAUGGGCGCCGUCUUGCGUCUGGAUCUGGGGAUGGCACUGUACGCCUGUGGGAUGGGACCACCGGUGCAAGCCUUGGGACGCUUGAGGGACAUACCAAUUGGGUCCAGUGUCUGGCCUUCUCGCCAGAUGGGCGCCGUCUUGCGUCUGGAUCUGGGGAUGGCACUGUACGCCUGUGGGAUGGGACCACCGGUGCAAGCCUUGGGACGCUUGAGGGACAUACCAAUUGGGUCCAGUGUCUGGCCUUCUCGCCAGAUGGGCGCUGUCUUGCAUCUGGAUCUCGGGAUGGCACUGUACGCCUGUGGGAUGGGACCACCGUGUCUGGCCUUCUCGCCAGAUGGGCGCUGUCUUGCAUCUGGAUCUCGGAUGGCACUGUACGCCUGUGGGAUGGGACCACCGGUGCAAGCCUUGGGACGCUUGAGGGACAUACCAAUUGGGUCAAGUGUCUGGCCUUCUCGCCAGAUGGGCGCUGUCUUGCAUCUGGAUCUGGAUGGCACUGUACGCCUGUGGGAUGGGACCACCGUGUCUGGCCUUCUCGCCAGAUGGGCGCCGUCUUGCAUCUGGAUCUGGGGAUCCGCACUGUACGCCUGUGGGAUGGGACCACCGGUGCAAGCCUUGGGACGCUUGAGGGACAUACCAGUUCUGUCCAGUGUCUGGCCUUCUCGCCAGAUGGGCGCCGUCUUGCAUCUGGAUCUGGGGAUCGCACUGUACGCCUGUGGGAUGGGACCACCGAUGGGCGCCGUCUUGCAUCUGGCUCUCGGGAUCGCACUGUACGCCUGUGGGAUGGGACCACUGGUGCAAGCCUUGGGACGCUUGAGGGACAUACUGGUUUGGUCCAGUGUCUGGCCUUCUCGCCAGAUGGGCGCCAUCUCGCAUCUGGCUCUCGGGAUGGCACUGUAUGCCUGUGGGAUGGGACCACCGGUGCAAGCCUUGGGACGCUUGAGGGACAUACCAAUUGGGUCCAGUGUCUGGCCUUCUCGCCAGAUGGGCGCUGUCUUGCAUCUGGAUCUUGGGAUGGCACUGUACGCCUGUGGGAUGGUACCACUGGUGCAAGCCUUGGGGCGCUUGAGGGACAUACUGAUUGGGUCCAGUGUCUGGCCUUCUCGCCAGAUGGGCACCGUCUUGCAUCUGGAUCUGGGAUCGCACUGUACGCCUGUGGGAUAUCACCACCCCACCCAGUUUGGAACCUCCUUAUGAGCUCAAUCAUGUUCCCAGGCAUUUAUAUUUCUUCCAAGGUGGACAUUUCUUACAUGUGGACAAUGGACCAGUACUCAAUGUCUCCCACAAUCGCCUUCAGUCACUCUCAUCUCCAUGUCCAAGUGUCACGCCCAGCCAUGAGCAUUCCACAGUAG